UCGUGGUUGUGUUUCGCGUUGCCGUAGUGGGUGCGUGUGUGGCUGUUUUUUUUUUGUUGCAAGAAACCGAGGGGUGGUAAUAGAGUAAAUGUUAUCGAUUUUCGCGCUUGUUCGGUGAUAAUACGCUCCAUUCUGGUGUCCACGGGUCCAUCCGUUCAGUGUUGUGCAUGGUACAGUGAUAACAUUUACGUACAGCCAGCUUCUGGUGGUGAACUUUGCACCUGCAAAAACGGGACGCAGCAGAACUGUUCCCCGCAAAAAAACCGGGAACGGCAGGCUCCACGAAACCUUUCGUGGCCUGGUGUGUUUAGCUUGCUGGUGGUUGGACGCAACACUUUCGGAGUACCACCCACCGCCGGUGGUUGCAAUAUCAACGAGCCGACGAGCCAAUUAUUUGCCACCGGAAGUGAGCGCCGAAUCGCACCGACUGUUACGACAACAGUACCCUCGAACCGACGCACAGAAAUACAUGAUAAAAUGUUGAUAACCGGUAGCGAGACCAGUGUGGCAACGAUCGACGAUGGAGGGACGAUGUGGAGCAGACAGCAGAAUGCCGUCUCCGUGCGGCAUGCGUUCAAAUCGUACGGCACCAAGAAGAAACCAAAUCAAGUUCUAUCGAAUCUUAACAUGACAGUAGCCAAAGGAACUAUUUAUGGACUUUUAGGAGCAUCCGGUUGCGGCAAAACGACACUUCUAUCAUGCAUAGUAGGCCGAAAGCGACUAAACUCAGGAGAAAUAUGGGUGCUUGGAGGAAAGCCGGGAACAAAGGGAUCUGGUGUCCCGGGAGCCCGCGUAGGUUAUAUGCCGCAAGAGAUAGCUUUAUACGGCGAAUUCUCGAUCCGCGAGACGAUGAUGUACUUCGGUUGGAUCUUUGGCAUGCACACGUCAGAGAUCGUCGAGCGGUUACAGUUUUUGCUCAAUUUUCUCGAUUUGCCAUCGGAGUCUCGGUUGGUGAAGAACUUGAGUGGCGGUCAGCAGCGUCGUGUCUCGUUCGCCGUUGCCCUGAUGCACGAUCCGGAGCUGCUCAUUCUCGAUGAACCAACCGUCGGUGUGGAUCCACUACUUAGACAAAGUAUAUGGAAUCAUCUCGUACACAUCACCAAGGCCGGCCAGAAAACCGUCAUCAUUACGACACAUUACAUCGAAGAAGCCCGACAAGCACACACGAUCGGUUUGAUGCGAUCCGGUCGGCUGUUGGCCGAAGAAUCGCCCAGCUGUCUGCUGUCGAUGUAUCGCUGCAGCAGCCUGGAAGAUGUCUUCCUUAAGCUGUCACGCAAACAGGGCCAAGCGAAUGUGGCACCAGCUGAGCUGAACAUCAGCAACAACAUAUCACUGUCGGCGCUAGCAUUUGGCAACAAAAAGGAUAACCCAGUCUACGUCAGCCAGGAGAGUGGAGUCGUCGGACUAAACUUCCACCAGAGCAAGGAAGUGCUCAUCAGUGACAGUAACGGAUCGACCAUUGCUAUUAACGGACUCAAUGGGUCAGCGCCCGGUGCGAUCAGUCAGGCCGUCGAAUGCGAUAACUGUACCGAAUGUUCGGGUUGUUCCAAUUUCACAUCGAAGGGAAAAAUCCGAGCACUGCUCGUUAAAAACUUCCUGCGCAUGUGGCGAAACGUGGGCGUGAUGCUGUUCAUCUUUGCCCUCCCGGUAAUGCAGGUGAUUCUGUUCUGCUUGGCAAUCGGUCGCGACCCAACCAACCUGAAGAUGGCCAUCGUAAACGGUGAGAUGAACUCGACCAUCGGUGCGGACUGUGCGUUCGAUCCGGGGUGCAGCUUUACCAACCUGUCCUGUCGAUACCUGAGCCACCUGAACACGACCAUCGUGAAGGAGUACUACACGGAUCUGGAUUCGGCGCUCGGUGCGGUACGCGAUGGCAAUGCCUGGGGUGCUUUAUACUUCACGGAUAACUUCACCGACGCACUCGUGGCGCGUAUCGCUCUUGGACGCGAUGCGGACGACGAAACGUUGGAUCAAUCGGAGAUUCGCGUGUGGCUCGAUAUGUCUAACCAGCAGAUCGGCAUCAUGCUCAACCGGGACUUGCAGGUCGCCUACCGGGAGUUUGCCCAACAGCUGCUCCGAGUGUGCGACAACAACCCGAAGCUUGGCGAUGUACCGAUUCAGUUCAAGGCCCCGAUCUACGGCACCAACGAUCCAUCGUUCACGGACUUCGUUGCGCCAGGAGUCAUUUUGACUAUCGUGUUCUUCCUGGCAGUAGCACUGACCUCUUCCGCUCUGAUCAUCGAACGUACCGAGGGUUUGCUGGACCGUUCGUGGGUGGCCGGUGUAACGCCGACCGAAAUUCUCUUCUCGCACGUCGUCACACAGUUUGUGGUGAUGUGCGGCCAAACGGCACUGGUACUGAUCUUCAUGAUCGUCGUAUUCGGUGUGACGAACAACGGUGAGAUUGGUUGGAUCGUCGUGCUGACCAUCCUGCAGGGUCUGUGCGGUAUGUGCUUCGGGUUUGUCAUUUCGGCAAUCUGUGAGCUCGAACGUAACGCCAUCCAGCUGGCGCUUGGGUCCUUCUAUCCCACGCUGCUCCUGUCGGGUGUUAUUUGGCCCAUCGAAGGUAUGCCGCUGGUGCUGCGAUACGUAUCGCUCUGUCUGCCACUUACGCUGGCCACGACGUCCCUCCGCUCGAUACUGGCCCGUGGCUGGAGCAUAAUGGAACCGGACGUGUACAUGGGUUUCGUUUCCACGAUCGCCUGGAUCGCGCUGUUCCUUGUCAUCACGAUGCUGGUGCUCAAGUUCAAGCGAGGCUAAACCGCUUGACACAGUGCCACCGGGACUCAAGGGGGAUAGCUUCAUUGUCACCUGUCCAGGGUUUUCGUUUCACUGUGGCUUCGCAUGAACGUCACCCAAGCCUGAUGUAACUGCCCUUUGCUGUGGGCGAUGCAUCGGCGGAUACCGUUGAACCCAAAAAAAACCAGCGUAUGAUCGUGCAUGUGUGGGAAGAAGGGACUACAGAGUAAGGGCGUGUAGCAUCACGAGCCGUGGUGCUGUACAUGAAACAUACACACAUACACACAUUACAAUUUGCUCAAUCUUAUGUCUUGAACUCUCAUCUAUCACCUUUUAUCGCCCUGCAACAGUAGCAGUACUACUGCUGUAUGGUUUCUCCUUUUUACGAUACAACUAGUUUAGUAAGAAAUUCCAGUUACCCGUAGGAUCGCUCGCAGAGGAGCUGUUGGCGUUUCCUUUUCUAUUGCUCUAUUAAUUGUUUUAAACCAUUUCGCCAACAAGCCCAACCUUCAAGCAAUUGGGCGAGCUUUACCAUAGCAGGAUAUAGGCAGGACUGGAAUAUUCUAUUCGAACGUUCGACCGGCACGCUGGCUUUUGGCUGUCGGCGGCCAAAAUAAGAGAUAGUUGGUAUGAAGAAUAAAUCGCACGACAAUUUAGCAUGAACGAUGAUUGGAGUGAUCGUGAACGAAGCAUGAGUGUGUUUUAAUGUCGGUAUGUGCGCGAGUAACAGUAACGUACGAUUGUGUGUGUGUUUGUGUGACGGGGAAAUACAGAUUGAAAAGUGCGUGUUCGUGUGGCUAUAUUGUAAUGCGUAAUGGGUGGGGGUAUACUUUUUUUUUUUUGAAACGAAAAGGGAGAAAGUGACAAGGAGAAAAUCAUACAAACAAAACAAACUAAUAAAACACGCACAUAAAACAAAUUGAAAACAAACAAAAAAAAAACAUAUACACGAACGCGUCAAUGUGAACUGUGAUUGUAAAGCAAUGAGCAAAAGCUAUUUUUUAUUAUAAAUAUGUAUCAUCAUACCAGAGUAUUUUGUAUUAAUCUAAUGGUGUAAUAUGGAAGAUCCAAAACAAUUGGUUUACGCAUGCAUGCACACUUACACACACACACACACUGACAGAACCAUACCAAUACAUACACAAAACAGUUCAGGCCACUAAGAAUAUAUGCAUUUCCUGUAGAAGUCAGCAGCAGGCAGGAAGAUCAGAUCAGAUUUUGAACAAUUAGUUCCUACGAAAGGAAGGAACUUUAAAUCUUGAAAAGAAAUUAUCAGUAUAGGAAACAUCCCCACAACAGUUUUACCCUCUCGGGGGUUUAUAUAUUCAACAUUCACAACAUACACAGCGGGGGUGUUUGGUUAAAAUACACUCCUGUGGUCACACAGAAUGUAAUUUAUGUUUCCGACUCAUAAACUAUGUCCGUACGUGGUUACACUAUGGGGCAGAAUUGUGCAUGCAUAUAUACAUACAUACAUACAUACAUAUAAAUAUAUAUUAAUCCCACAAUCUGUGUCUAUCAGGCUUUUCGGUUAGACGCGAUAGUAUUCUCUUUAUCCCUUUUCGUCCGAUAAUACUGUAAGGAGUUUCACUUAUGUUUAAAAACUUACCCAACUUAUGUGUGUGAAGGUCUAUGGCACUGACAACUAGCGAUGAUAUCAGGAUCGGUCUUAAACUUUCGACAUGGAUGCCUGUUGUUCCCUGCAACUUCCAUCAUCGAAGCCUUGUUCACCGGUUCAUUGUGUGCGCAAGAACAUUCCCCCCACGUUUUGAGCUGCGUGUCCCGGGAGACUUACGUUCGUUUGGAAUGGGGUUUGACCUAUCUGCAACAACCACCUGACCGCUGCGGAGGAGCAAUGGACAUUGGCGUUCUAUUGUUUUUUUUACUAGUUAAAACUGUAGUUCGAAUUCAUCACAGCUCAAGCAUGGCCCGGACUCCGUGUUCGAGGCGGCCAUCGUGCCGUGAAGGAACAGAUACGGUUUAGACGAAAGGGACACAGAACAAACUGCAUAUAUGUUUACAUUUUACGGGGAAAAAAAAACAUGGAACAAGGAAUACCACGAAUACAUACAACACGGACAACGAACUAAUAUUAAACUUAUUUUGUAGUACGUUUCUUAUCCAUUUAGCGCACUUAGGCCGUGGUGUUUAAGAGUGGUGUUGUGGCGCUGCCCGCUGCCGGCAUACGGCGCAACACAAUACCAAGGGGUGGGUUAGCAAAAAACAAAAAACACGGAAAACUAAAACGCAGCGAACUCAUGCUUACAAAUCGGGGGG